AUGAAUUUUUCUAGAUUGGUGAAAGAGACAAAUGAGGAAACAUCGACUGAAAAAGCGGUGCCUGACACCAACAGUCAACAGCGGAGGUUCUCGAUCGAGUCAAGUUCUAGUGGACGUGGAGGCUCAUCUGGAAUGUCCAGUGCAGAAGGUUUAGGUGGCACCGCUGAAUUUUGUCGCGCUGACUGCAACGGAUCAAAUGCAGCCACAUAUGAAGUUUAUUCUCAACAAAAGCAGCAGCAGCAACAACAACAGCAACCUGAUUUGGACCAUCCAACUUCCCAUUCCUCAAACUAA